GGCAUGCUGCAGGUGGAUGACUUUACUUAUGAAAUCAAACCACUAGAGGCUUCUUCCAAAUUUGAGCAUGUAGUUUCUCGGCUUGUAUCACAAUAUAUAUCAGAGGAAGAUGAAAGGUGUGAUAUUCCAGAGGACAAUGCAAAUCAAAUACUUGAAGAUGUAAAACUCGCUGAAAGUCCAAGGGCAGCCCCUGUCUAUUUGUGGCGGGUACAUAUAAAACAGGCGCAUCUUCACUACACAGUAACUAACUCACUCUGGACUCAGCAGAAAAAUAAAUCUCGUAUUAUAGAGAAUGUAUUUAUUAUAAACAGCAUAACACACAGCAUUUAUAGACCAAUGGGCUUAAAUAUGUUCAUACGAGUUCUGUGCAUAUGGGAAGGGUCAGACCAAGUUAACGUAUACAAAGGGCAUCCUUCAGUAGUGGUAGAUCGGUUUGGUUUAUGGAAACAACAUGGAUGGUAUUGGCAGAUUCCUCAUGCUACUUCAGUGCUUCUUACAGGGCAUAAAAUAGGAAACUCCAUUUAUUAUGCUAACCAUAAUGGUAUAUGCAACCCCAAUUGGGGAGCAUUAUAUGUGUUUGUGUCAAGGUAUCACAUAUUUCUCGGUUCAACAGUAUUAGCACAUACACUAGGUCACAACAUGGCAAUGGUACAUGACUCCGCCGGUUGUGUCUGUUUUCGAAGAACCCAUUGUCUUAUGAAUUCUGUGCCUGGUCUUUACGAUGCAGCCAGCAAUUGUUCUUUUGCAGUACUACACAAUAGGAUUCAUAGUUGGGAUCCUUGCUUUAGUUGGGUUUAUCCUCCAUACAAUAAUUUUCCUUAUGUAGCUCCUCGCUGUGGAGACAGGAUAAGAAAUAACAAAGAGGAAUGUGACUGUGGGUCUCUUAAAGAAUGUUCCACGAAUAAGUGUUGUGGAACCAACUGUCUUUUCACUCUUGGAAGUUUGUGUAAUGGAGAGCCUUGCUGCAUUCGGUGUAAACUCGCUCCUCCUGGAACUGUAUGCAGAGACCAGCUUGGUAUUUGUGAUCUGCCAGAAUACUGUGAUGGGAAAGGGGAAAGAUGCCCCGAAGACUUCUACAUUCAAGAUGGAACCCCAUGUUCACCACUAGCUGUUUGUAUGAGAGGAAAUUGCAGUGACCGGGAUUUGCAGUGUCAAGCUCUGUUUGGAUUCAAAGUAACAGAUGCCCCAAAAGCCUGCUAUGACAAACUGAACAUAAUAGGUGACCGAUUCGGAAACUGUGGACUUAGAAUACAGAGACCAGGAAGCAGGCCUACUAAAUGUGAAGCUGAUGAUGUUCUUUGUGGAAUAUUGCACUGUAACAGUCCUGAGGCAGUUCCAGGGGGAGGUGAACACACUACAUUUCAUGAUAUAAUAGUACAAGACGCUAAACAGAUACACUGCUUUGGUUAUGACGUACACCAUGGGCCAGAGCUACCAGAAAUAGCACUUGUAGUAGAUGGUGCAACCUGUGGCCCAGGAAGAUUCUGUCGUCGCCAGAAUUGUACUUUUCAUCAAGACAUGGGUUUUGACUGUGAUGUGAAGACAUGCAAUUACAGAGGAGUGUGUAAUAAUAGAAAACAUUGCCACUGUAUGCGUGGUUAUAAGCCUCCAAAUUGUACAGAGAGAGGAACAGGUGGCAGUGUGGAUAGUGGCUUUCCAUCUGCCAAAGAAGAAGGUAUUCAAGCCAAUAUAAUUUUCACUACAAACAACACACUACUAAUGAUUAUUAUUCGCUUUGGUCUUUUCCUCGGUUCAAUUCUUAUUGGUGGACUUACGAAAGCAAAAAGAGCUAUAGAAGACAAAGUAUAUGCUGAUGAAUACGAAAGUGAAUCUGACUAAACAUUAAUGGGGACUACACUGAAGAAUAUCACAGUGGCACUUAUUGGCAGAAAUGAUCGAUGACCCCUCUGCAAAUGUUGAUCUUGUUGUCAUAAAAUAAAAUCACGAGGGAAUAAAAA